UUAAUACCUUUGUUGGCUUCCCCUGCUUCUUCCUUCCCUUCUCCCCAUGGACACCCAAAACUUCUUCACCUCCCAUAUAUGCAUUUUGUUCAUCAUCUUCACCAACUUAGCCAACCGCGCUCUAUCCGUUAACCAAAAGUUCCAAGACUGCGCGCCUCAUGAUUGUGGAAAUGGCCCAAACAUAAGCUACCCCUUUUGGAUACUUGAUGAACAGGAAUCUUUCUGUGGCUACCCCAGAUUUGGUAUUACCUGCAACGAGCAAAACCCAGUUCUCAAAAUUUCCAAUGAUGAAUAUAUCAUUAAAGAUAUCUUUUACUCCAACCAUUCACUUCUCGUGGCCAAUGCCGCCGCCUAUUGGGACGCAUGCCCUACUCCUUUGCAUAACGUUAGCCUUGAUCGAACCCCAUUUAAUCUUAGUUUGUAUCGUAGUGAUUUCUCCAUCUUCUACAACUGCACUUCACUGCCUCAAUACCCCACAUAUGGGUUAGACUGUGCUAGCAAUGGUACGACCCUUCAUUCUUUAGCUGUUUUCCAUGAGAAAGCAUUGGACGUUAACUAUCCGUGGGAAAAAAGGUGCCAGUCUUUGGUUGACGUGCCAGUGCAUAUGCUUUUUGGUGUCAACUUGACAAGCUUGUCGCAAAUGAAUUAUACUGAAAUUUUGAAGAUGGGUUUCUUGUUAAAUUGGACUGCACCUAACUGCAGCAGUUGUGAAAAGUGGUGGACGCUGUGGAUUCGAUAAUAGAGAAUUUGUUUGUUUUUGCCAAGACCGGGCUCAUCACAAAACCUGC